UUUCGUGGUUCAUGUGUCGGCGCCGUGCAUCAAAAGCACGCGAGGACCACGAUCGACCCCACAAACGUAUCACGAGCCCCACAAAAACGACUACACCGCUCCCUCAUCGCGCGGUGGCUCCAACAUACGGAGUGAGAUGAGAGUUCUGUUCGUUCUCGCUAGCGCUGCGGCGUUUGCCGCUCAGGACAUCGAUACGGCGCCUAAGCUAACCGGCGAACCGGUUGAUCUGCUAGCUCAGGAGACGCAGCAGGGUGGUGCAGAUGCGAACUGGUUCGAUGUUAUCCACAAUGAUGAUCUAUGGAACAAAAAUAUCAAGGAUGGACCGGAAAAACAAAUGCUAGUGACUCUAGAGAAGGGAAGCCGUGCACGUUUACCUGGUCCGCCGCAUCACGGCCGGUUCCCGCCAAGCUACCCUCCGCAAAAAGGAAGAUGGGACAGUCGUGACCAACCGGGCUGGCAGAACAAUUUACAGGAUUGGCCCAGUGGACCAAGGGCGCCGCAAUGGCAACGGCCGUACGGCCCCACAUUCCACCGGCAAGGGGGAUGGAGGAACGCCUUUCGAGGUCCUGCACCAGGUCCGCAAGGUGACUGGCAGCAAAGGCUAGGACCCCGGGCCGGACCGAAUCCUCAUGGUGAGGGUAAAAAGGUCGUCAUUCUCGUAUCGCUGCCAAACAGCCAACAGGGUGGAACAGGGGGGGCAUACGGCGGCCACGGGCACGGCUUCAAGGGAGCUCCAAUGGAAAUGAUAGAAGGAAUACGCCAAAAGCAUAACUCCGCUCCAGUAGUGUAUGUUUCGCUUGAUAAGGGCGGUAAUGCCCAUUCACAGCAGCAUUUCCCUGCAAAGGGAGGCCAUGGCAGCCAUGGAGGAGUUUCUGGCGGAAAUCCUCAAAAAGUCGUACUGCUCUUUAUCAAAGAAAGGAGGGGCGGACGCGGACGUGGAGCCGGAUGGGUUCAAGGCGGCCCUGUGGGAAGCCAAAGGAAACCAGGGGGCUAUGGAGGUCCCCAGAUGAACAGCGGGUGGGAUGAUGGACCAAUCAACAACGACAUUAACGUCGGUGGUGGAUGGUCGAAUGGUCCACAUAAAAACAAUUUCCAACACCAUGGUUGGCCGAAGGCUGGCACCGGUUAUAGCGGCGGUCCCCGAGAGAAAGGAAUGGGUUACUUCACUGGACAGCCCGAAAUGCUAAGGGGCAAAAUUCAGAGCUGGGAUCGACAGAAUGACAACAGUUACAACAGAGCGCAACCACAGUAUGGUUGGGAUCAGAAACCGCAAUACGAAGAUUACUACAGACAACAGCAACCAAAUUAUAGCAGUCAACAUGAGCAACCGGCUAAACCUAGUAGGACUGCCGGAUACGGACGUCCGAUCGAACCAUUUGACGACGAAUUUCCUAUUACAAAGCCAGCCCACCAGAGUAUUGAUAACGGCGGUUGGCAACCGAUCGUAAGUAGGCCUGGUACAGACGGCUGGGUUCCUCGCCCAACGACUCCUCCGAGUAAGAAAGAUCUGGCGUACGCGCCUGAGACGGCAAAACCGCCUGGUCACCUAAUCUAUAAUCGGGUUGAGAAGACAUCGUCCGAGCACAAAUUCAAUGAUGACCACCAUGGAGGGAUCUAUCAGCAACAACAUCAGUAUGAACUACAAAAUAUUAACAAUUACCAUGGACACCAGCAGCAAAAACCGUUACAACAAAAUCAUCAUCAUCAUCACCAAAAACAACAGCAGCAAACCUUUGAUAACUAUCAGCGACAUCUAAAUAACCUCCAUAGCGACUAUCAGCGACCACCACAAAGCAACCACGAACAGCAGCGGUAUUACGAUCACCAGAACUAUGGCAACAUCAAUCACUACCAGCAGCAGACUUACUACAACAAUAACCAACAACAGCAAAACCACUUCGACGGCUAUAAUGUACACAAGGAGCAGAAGAAUUACGGUAGCGGUCACCAGGGUGACAGCGGCCACCGCCCAGAAGCUGGUGGCGAGCGACCCACUGAAGCAUUCGAUCUCGAGGAUGCUCCCGCACCCGGUUACGGUGGACCCGGACAGCUUACCGAUAAGCCCAAGCAAAACCCCUAUCAAGAGCAAAGCUGGAACGCACCCGCUACUCCGGCGCCGAGCGCGGCGAUUCACCACCAUGGCGAACAGACUGCCGGACCGGGUGCUAAGACUCCGGCGACAUCGCACCCAAAAAGCAUACAGGAUAUCAGAAACGCCCAGGGUUGGCAACAAGAUGGGGCUGCGCAGCAAGUGAUCGAUCCAGGACGUAUCGCCAAUGCUUCGCCAAGAAAAAGUUCCGAUUUGCCACAGAUGCAGCACUGGACGCCACAGUACGCCGCGAGUAGUCCGAUUGCCAUUACCGACAACGCCCAAACUUUAUCUCCCGAAGUUGCUGCAGUUGCCUCCGUUUCGGCCGAACCUGCCCCUGCUUCGGUGGCAGAUGCCCCUACGUCAGUCGUCGAUAGCUAUGCCCCGACCACAGUUGCCCGUGGAGAUCAAACAACCCAGUACGCAACUACGGACACCUCAUCAUUACUACCUUCACCAGCCAAAGUCUGAUCUUGAAGAGCGAAAUCGCUCUGACUCUUCAAACAGAACGCUGUAGGAGCAAUCAGAAAUCAUCGAUUCAAAACGUUCAUCGUAUCAUCGUUGUGUUUAUGUUGCCCAUCGUCUGUCUGUAGAUAUCUGCAUCACAGAGCAAGGGUAGUAUGUAUGUGGACGUCUAUGUGUAUGUGUACAGAAGCUAUCAUAUGAUGUCGAUACGACAGGAAGAAAAACGCUCAUACAGCCGCGCUGAGCGCAGCUGUCAAAUUGUUGUUGUAUUGUAAAAGCAUGAAUAGCAAUGGAGUUUUACUCGUUCUUGUAUGUACGAUUCUCGUGUCGUCUGCUGUAUUUCGUUGCUGUGUUGUGUCACGCAUAAUUUUUAACUGUCUGCUCACCCGUAUCCGGUGCACUGAAGAAGUUAUGUAAGUUGCGAAAGUUACUGCUGCUGGUACCGCUUUCAAAGACGUGAUGGGCCGCUCUGAUCGUAAUCUUAAUUAUCUCUGUCGCCACUGCCGCUGUUCGCCGUUGUAUACUAAAUGUGUAUCGUAUUGUAUAGGUUGUGCUGCAUCUGCAGACACCCUUUCAAUUCUUCGGCAGUCUGUUUCACCCCGCUACGUAUCACUCACGACCCUUCCCUAAAAUAGUAAAUCAGCUCAAUGAGUCUGUCUCUCACACCGUUUAGAGGCGACCGGAUACCUGGCAAAACGAGCAUCUUCUUGGGUCGAAACAAGCACCGCCAGACUAUUUAUCCUUCCUCUAAAUUUACUUCAUCCAGUGACGAAUUCGGAUGCAUGAUCGACUGGCACGCGUCGCUCACCUACCUGUCCGAUGCUUGAGAUACUCCGAAUGUCACAUCGCAGGUAACUAGUUCGAUCUUUGGCCUUCAGCCCGACCAAGGAUAGGCGUUUACGUCGUUAACGCUAACGACGGUGACAACAGCAGCAGUCAUGGUAACCCAGGCUCAAACUUUAUUGUUAUAGCUGUCUUAGUUCUGUUUGUUUUGGUCCCAUUUGUUGUCCUGUCAGUGAUGGUGUCGGCACUUCGACUUAAGGCUCCGAAAACACUCGAUAGCUAACGAACACCGCGCUCUCAAGUGUGACGUCGUUGUCCACUGAACGUUGCUACUGCGUUUUUUUCAUGCUAGCUCGUUCCACCUGCUCACGUAGUACUGGAUGACUCCCAUGGUAACAGCAGGUAUUACCCGUUCGCUCCACUCGACUUGAUCAUAUAUUGUAUGAUUUCCGCCAUUACUGCUAUCGUCUGUUAUUGCCGCAUGGACGCCGUAACUAACGUACAUACGUAAUGUACGGACAUCGUCAGCAGAAGUCCUCUAGCCAAAACACGACUAGUGGCCCUCAUCUGCAAUAAGCAAGUGGAUAAGUAUAUAGCCAUGUGGCCAUACCGAUAUGCAUGUUUUGAUUCGCUGCAAUCAGCGGCCGAAUACAACAGCUAAAGACUUCAAUGGUGAAGUACGUUAACUUGUUUCUUUUCAGCCAAUGUUAUUAUUUGCAAUAUGUGAAGCUUCAAAACGUUAUCGUCGCGGUUACAUUGUUGUUCGGGUCUGUCACUGCGCACCGUAGUUGGCUUCUAUCGUUACCCUUGUAGGCGUGUGCAAGAACAUACUGUGCUUUACUUUUUCCCGGUGAUUGAUUAUACUCAUCGUUUUGGCAGCUGAAUAGAAAGCGACUUAUCGUUUCGUGUUCGAUAAUGAAAGCCCAUAGUUAAUAAUUCUGUAAUAUUCACUUACUGUACUUAACUAUUGGAAUUAAUUUGUUGUCAUAAAGAAAAGGCCGUAGCAAAUUUGCAGUUCAAAAAAGACGUUCCAACGUUCGAUACAGCUCGUUGUGAUGUCAUUCAGAGUCAUACGGCUUUCAGCAAGCUCAACGACUUCAUAGUAAAUGCCUCGCUAAUCAAGCGUUAUGACCAGUGAGGCAACGACGUGGGCGCAGUAUCCGUUAAGCUUCCUGCCAAUUGGGGGAUGCAUUAAAUCCAGUUUCUAAUUAGCACAACUGUCUUUAAAAUUACGAGAUGCGACGAGAGCUCUUCAGCACAUAGUACCCCCUAUAGCAUCCACUAUGAAAUUUCUGUUCUACGUUUGACGCAUGUGAAGAUUGAUGUCAUCAAAAAACUACUGCAUACGCAUAUUGCCUAAUUUUCUGGGUUUCCAUAUGUAUCAGACUGUCCAAGCAAACGUAGAAGCCAUCAAAAUGUUUUCAAGGAUACGAUCAGUUUCACUAUGUCUGCUCACUUCACCCGCCUAUGUAUUGCCCGCAUCAUUGAACACUGUUAUAUUCGUAUAGAAAAUCCACUCGAGUUAUCUAUACCAUUUAUUUCGAUUGUUAAUCGAUCGAACACCGCUGCCGUUUUCGUUUUACCAAUUCGUUCACUUGCUUAUUUCUCUGGUAUAAUAAGACCCUAUACAAUAUGUGUAUCAAUAAAGUAAGCUGAUGUAUUUAGCUGUUUCGAAAAGAGACGUAGAAUUCACCAUAGCUGGCCCUCCGAUAGAACUUUUUCUUUGACCGAUGCCCCACUCGUAUCAAGAUCAGGCUUACAAGACGCGCUGCCGAUGUUUUCGAAUUGCUGGUCACAGCACAAGUGCAGCACAAAGGCGAGCUUUGAAGCGGUAAUCGAAACCGAGGUGCACUUGUUCGAUCGUUAUUAACAUGUUAUUAACGGUAUUUCAUUAAAAUAACAUGUAGAAUUAAUAAUAACAAAUGAAAUAGGUGAUUAGCACCGAUUGUAUCACUACUAGCGUCAUCACAAUAAUCAUCAUUAUUAUUAUUAGUUGUUAAUUUUCUGUUUUUUUCGUCUCGUCGUCGCAUAUAUGUCCAUGUGUCAUCAAUGUCGCUCAUAUAAAAGCCAUGUAAAUAGUCUUACUAUAUUAGUUGCCAUGCAACGUCGGUCUUAAUCGAAAUAAACGUUUUUGCCUUUCUUUUCCCUUUUGUUUCGUAUCGUUAUUUUUCUUUCCUUCUCGUUUCUUCGCUGAAGUGCGUUCAUAGGGGGAACAAGUGUGUGAACACAAAUAACAGAAACGCUAAUAAUGAUAAGAACCAGUAGUAAUAUUUUUGUGGCAUAGAUCUCACAACGCUUUCGUUUAUCCCCUACAUUUUAAACGAUGCUACUAUAUUUAGCUACGAAGGUGGUAAUAUGUAAGUGUGGCGCAUUCGUUUUCACUUUGUGUGCCGAUAUAAGAAGCCGUGCAAUCUGCUCACCUUCAUGGUGCUCCAUACAUAUAAUCUACUACCUGGUCUGGGUCUUCCGGGAAACCCCGACGGUGCUUCAGCUGCUGCCAAGGUGCUGAAGUGUAAAUACGUGUCGUGCGACCAAAACGAACCGUCCAACGUGAAGUUAAUCUUCGCGAGGAUGAUGAUUCUGUGGUCGCUAGGGCGACCACAGGAGCCAUGGCAAGAUCGCUACAAAACCGCGGAAGCAUCUAAGUCAACGAGAGCUCAUGAGCUGUUGCUAUUGAAAGGUUACCACUGCUGGUGGUCCUUUUAUAGUAGUGUUGGCGAUAUUACUUCCUUGCGACGUUUGGUGGAGCAGAAUGAAAAAGACGAAGAGUGCCACAACGCUUCCUUUGAUGAGGUAACACCUGAAAUUCUACUUUUUAUUUUGCUGUUCCAAUGUACCCCCGCUUCCGUGAUUAGACGGUGCUACCCUGGUUUUUUCCGGUGUCGACUGCCCUGUGACCCCAUGCUUUGCAGACGCGCAUGCUCCUAAUCUGGAAUUAUUGAAUCGUCCUCCUUGGAAAGGAUCAAAAAACGAGUGUAACACAAGGCUAGAAAUACAACAAGAACAAACAAUACGAAGAGAGUGCGCCACCGAGAAAUGGAGAAGGCUCGGCGCCUUAUCCAAAAACAUGCUUUUCGACUAGCAAAAUUAUACAAAAUUUUUAUUUGUUGACUAUGCUUAAUAAUAACGUUGAUAAGUCGACAUUAGGUAGUAUAAUACGGUAAUAUUAUUUGACGCACUAUGAAAGCAACUAUUCAGUUCAAUAACUCCAUUGGUGAGAUCGGAAAAACCUGGCUGACAGUUAGCAAUAACAUUGUGUCAAUGCGUACUCUUGAGAGACGCUGAUGAUGUAUUUGAUUUAAUAUUCUGUCUGAAGGAGUAGCGCACGAUACUCUUUAACGAAUUCAACGAUCUUCAAGAUGAGCUCAGACGCGAAGCACUCAUUGUGUUUCAUAACAUGACACGUUUUAUAAAAAAAAAAAAAAAAAAAAA